UCGUCGUCCCUCCCGAAACAAAAGAAGCUAUUUUGACACCACACACACACACAGAGGAGAGAAGAUAAGAGAACGAGGGGCAGGGCAGCCAGCGCCGCUAGCUGAAGCAGGGCAGGGCAAGAGAAUCCGUACGUCGAGGUGCAGGUCGUAGGUAGGAUGGACGCGGACCAGCAGGGCGUGGUUGCGGCGGCGGUGAAGCCGGCGCUGGCCAAGGGGACGCCGUCGGCGUCGUUCCGGCUCCGCAACGGGAGCCUGAACGCGGUGCGCCUCCGCCGCGUGUUCGACCUGUUCGACCGCAACGGGGACGGCGAGAUCACCGUGGACGAGCUGGCGCAGGCGCUGGAUGCGCUGGGCCUGGACGCCGACCGCGCCGGGCUGUCCGCCACCGUCGGCGCCUACGUGCCCGACGGCGCCGCGGGCCUCCGCUUCGAGGACUUCGACAAGCUCCACCGCGCGCUCGGGGACGCCUUCUUCGGCGCACUGGGAGGCCAGGACGACGCCACCGCCGCGGCGGACGGCGCCGGCGCCGGCGCCGAGGAGGACGAGCAGGAGAUGCGGGAGGCGUUCAAGGUCUUCGACGUCGAUGGCGACGGCUUCAUCUCCGCCGCUGAGCUGCAGGAGGUGCUCAAGAAGCUCGGCCUCCCCGAGGCCAGCAGCAUGGCCAACGUCCGGGAGAUGAUCUGCAACGUCGACCGCGACAGCGACGGCCGCGUCGACUUCAACGAGUUCAAGUGCAUGAUGCAGGGGAUCACCGUCUGGGGCGCCUGACUGACCUCAUCGUCGUACUGUGUGGCAACUGGCAUGGUGGUCCCGCAUUUCGUCGAGACAGUCCUGCGUCUGCGUCUCUAAUUGAAGAAUUCUUUAGUAUCGUCCUUCACAUCACUGGUCUAGUGGUGAUGAGAAUGCCCUGUCCUGUGUGUGUGUCACAUAACCAUGGUAUGUAAUGUCAUACUGUAAAUUAGGUAUAUGAUGAUGAUGACAGCUGAUAAGAAAAUGUAUCAAACUGGGCUAUUCUAAUCAUUGUC